CAAAAGUGUUUGACUUAGCCCUAUCUGGAAAAUGCUGAUAAGUACGGACAUUGAAGUAAACUACCUAUAAAAAGUCUUUAUACAUUUAAAAUGGGCCUAAAAGUUUUUGGAUCACUUGCAAUAACUUGUGAACUUCUAAGAACUAAUAUAUAUUCUUUAACGACAAAACGCACUCGCAUGGCAAGGUUUUCUCUUUGCUUCUGUUACACCAAAGUCUUCCGGACAAAUUAGUAUGGAGGGGCUCUAAGAAGCACAGGAAGUUCCACUGGAUUGCAAAAUGUCUAUAAAGGCCUCUAGAAUUGUAAAAAAAACUUGCAGUUGGAUUUUGUUUCUUGCCGUUGAAGUUUAGUUAGUGCUUAUGAUAGAGAUGUUGGAUCUCCUGAGUCAAAUAGACGUGGAAGUAUGGAUUAUUUUUGGUGCUUCUCUGGCCAGUUUCCUCCUCUUGUUUGUGAUUCUCUACAAUGUUAGACAAUAUGCCCAGGGAGGGCAAUACAGAAAGAAUCAUCGAAUGGAUGGAAAAGUGGUCAUCAUUACAGGUUCCAGUUCUGGAAUUGGAUUCGAAACUGCCCUUGAUCUUGCCAGACGUGGUGCCAGGAUUUACAUGGCUUGUAGAAAUUACGAAAAGUGCGAAAUAGCGCGAUUGGAAAUUGUUCGUAAAUCCGACAAUUCCAACAUUUACAACAGAUCUCUUGACCUGGCAUCGUUUGACUCCAUCAGGAGCUUCGUUAGUACAUUCUUGGAUGAAGAAACUCGUCUAGACGUUCUGAUAAACAAUGCUGGUGUCUUUUAUGCCCCUUACUUGCUGACUAAGGAAGGUCAUGAGAUGCACUUUGGGGUCAACUAUUUGGGGCAUUUCCUGCUGACAAACCUUUUAUUAGACACUCUGAAGAAAUCUGAACCUAGUCGCAUCGUCAAUGUGUCUUCCUACUUCUAUGCUCAGGGACAUAUUAACAAGAAUGAUCUGGACAGCAGACAGACCUACGACCGUAUCUCAGCCUACAAUCAGUCCAAAUUGGCUUUGAUACUGUUCACGAGGCAUCUGGCUCAUCAACUUCGCUGUACGCGCGUCACUGUUAAUGCUGUAAAUCCUGGAAAUGUGCUCACGAAUAUCUCACGCCACAUGCGUAUCCAUCGACUGGCUCAUGCUGUUGGACCUGUUUUGUCCACAUUCAUCUUGAAGACUCCCAGAUCUGGUGCCCAAACGAGCAUCAAGGUAGCUGUUGAUCCCAAACUCGAGUUCAUCAGCGGAAAAUAUUUCAGUGAAGUCAAAGAGGAGGAUCUAGUUCCUCAUGCAGAAGACGAGCAGACUGCUGAAUGGUUGUGGAAUGAGAGCUUGAGACUUACUGAAUUGUACGAUAGAAAUGUAUAAAUAAAUGAAU